UGAACAUUGGUGUCUGUGAUGGUGCUUGAAGUUACCACAACACCGUCGGCAGUGUUGUCACAGAACACCCAUACAUUGUCUGGUAAAGUAGUUGAGCAUUGCAUUUGCUUUCGUGCUAGUUUGUGCGUAGUAACAGCAGUGUAGCACAACCAAAUCGCGUUGCCUUGACUCUAUGCCUGCGAAGUGACCACGUCUUGUCACUCAGCUGAUUCCAAGGACGCACAUUCGCCGGACAGGGGGAGAAGCGCGACAGAGAGGUGUGUUCGCACCUUUCAGCGCUUCGGCGCGUGUGAGCGGAGCCGUGACAUCUCGAAGGCGCGCAUGUAAACAUAGCAGCACCGACAUGCUGGAGGAAGACGCGAAAUUGCCGCGCUGCGCCGUGUGCGGCCUGCAAAACGCAGCGAACGCCGUGCUGCUCCGACUGCCCAGCCGGAAAAGGGAGGCGGAGCUGUACCGUGCCUGGGUCGACUUCGUGCGAGGGUGCCCCGGCAACGGCCACUGGGAGCCCGACAGACACACCGGCUUUGUGUGCACGCUGCACUUCACCUCCAACUGGCUCAGACGCUACAGGGGCCGGCUUCUGAGCAUCAAGGCCGGCGCGGUGCCCACGCUGUAUCCGAGGCAGGAGCAGCUGCGCCGCAUCGCCGAGGCCAACAGUGUUGUCGCCGCAGCCACGCAGGAUGAGCAGGAAGAAGCGGAGUCUUUGUGCCCAGGUGUCGCCUCCACACAAUGCAACGUCAGAGUGGCUAUCAAAUCUACAUCAACUCAGUGUCGUGUCAAAGUUGCGUCGAAGCUGUUGCAGUGCACUGUGGAGACAGUGUCUCAAGGCACGCAAGUCUCUGGACUGGGUGAUCGGCGUGGUGCUGGACAGCAGAGGCAUUCUACAAAGAGGAAAACGAGCACGUUUAUGGCGAAGGAGGGAGACGCAGCGGCAGUGCCAAAGCAGAAACAGAAGCGACGCUGGAAGAUCAAUCCCUUUCUCCAAGAGGAUGCCAAAUCAGGCUGCAGGGAAAACCCCCUGCCCUUGCUUGAGUCCCGGGAUAUUGCAUAUUACAGAGAUUACCUGCGGAUGCCCCCGUCCACUUUUGAAAAGCUUGUGCGGCUUGUUGGACCAUGUAUCACCAAGCGGGACACAAACAUGAGGAGGGCAAAACCUCCUGACCAUCGGCUGGCCUUGACUCUCAGAUUCCUGGCAGCGGGUGCAACUAUCACAGAAGCAUCUUCCAGUUUUCUUUCGGGACGCUCAACUGCCUGCUACACGGUCUCGGAAGUUUGUCAGGCCCUCUGGGAUGUGCUUGCGCCAAUAUACGUUGCAUGCCCUUCAACUGCGGACGAGUGGUUGAAGGUCGCUGCAGAGUUUGAAGAAAAGUGGCAAGCGCCUAAUUGCCUUGGUGCCAUUGAUGAGAAACGAAUCAGGUGGGAAUGUCGCAGAGGCAAGAGUUUCAGCCAGGAUCCAAACUCUGCGAGAAACUUCAUCAGACGGUUGCUUGCCGUCAGUGAUGCACAGUACAGAUUCUUGUAUGUAGAGAUUGGACACUUCAGCCGUAAGUUGGACGGCAGUAUGUUUCACCGCAGCGAGCUGUACCGGAAUAUCGAGGACAAAAAACUGGGAAUCCCUGCCGAUUCAAAGCUGGGGAAAUGUGGCCCUUUGCCAUACUUCUUUGCGGCUGACGAAACAUUCCCGCUCGAAACUUACGUCAUGCGGCCUUACUCUGGAGAGGAAUUGCAGGCUUUAUCUGAUGAAGACACUGUGGCAGAUGGGCAGGACACAACCGAUCAAUGUGCCAACCAAAAUAAUCAAGAAAUACACAGCCGUAGGGUGUUUAACUACCGAUUGAGUAGAGCUCGCCAAGUUGUCGACAAUGCAUUUGGCGUUAUGGCUGCACAAUGGAGGAUCCUACAACGCCCUCUUAAAGUAAAAGACGAAAAUAUAAAGAAGAUCAUCCUGGCCUGUGUGGCGCUCCACAAUUUCCUGCUCACGGAGUCAGGUGCAUCUCGAGCCACGUAUUGUCCACCAGAAAUGACAGACACCGAGGACUGCCAGGGGAACGUCAUUCAAGGAACUUGGAGGUCUCUUGAGAAUAAGGGAGCGUUGAGUAACAUACAGAGCACUGGCUGUCACUCGUCAAGGGUCGCCCUCGACUGUUGACCUGCCAGACAGGCCCACCUUGUCCUUUACACUGAGUGAGGGUGGUCGCCUGAGCUUCACUGCUGGCGUUGCUGCCACAUGUAGCACUGCGGACCUUCAUCCCUAUGGCAAAAGGAUUUGACACAGGCCUUCGAGGUUGGAUGCGCCUUGGAUGAAACGGAAAAAACGUGAAUUAAGAAUGGCUUCUAAUUAUUGUUCAUAUGUAAAUACUUCUCAUUAUUGUGCAUAUGUAAAUAAAUGAAGAAAUUCUGUG